GCUCGCCUGCACAGCUUCACGCGCUUUCAUUGUGUUCUGCAUCUCAGAAGAAGGAAAACUCGUCACGAUGCGGUUCUACCACAGCUUGACUUUAUUAACACUCAUCCUCGUAUACCUGUUAUCGGAUAAUGUACUCGGAGCCUCAAUAAAAGGCAGGUACGUGCACUUGAAGUGCAAACCAGACAGCAAAGAUGCGAACUGUGUCCAACAUAAAGGCCUACGGAGCAAUCUGCCUGGAUCACAUCAACGACUUCCCGUUAGAGCCGUACAGGACAUCAAUCUUGUCGAGAGCAGUGAAGAGAGCUAUGAGAGAGAGGAUUCUGGAGACGGCUCUGGUGACUUCCUCCCCUUCAAAUUAAGCCGGAAGGAGCGUCAAAGUGGUCCAGAAGAGCCGAUCCAAAAUGAGGAGGAAGGGAGCAGCGUUGAGUUUGAAAAAUACAACGAUAUAGCUACUGAGCCUGGUAAACCCAAGCUGCCUGUUGAGGAUCUGCGUAAGGAUAAUAUAAUCGAAUGAGCUGAAAUCUGCCAGUCUCAGAUCCUCUAAUAUCAAUUAAAUCUUGCAAAAACUCUCAGGAUAAGAAGCCCUAAAGCCCCUAAAAUGUUGUAUUUUUUCUAUUUCCUCAAUCUUUGAUAUGAGCACAUGUUCAUUUGUAUUGGACUACUUUAUGGUAUGUGCUGCAUGCUGAGUCAGGAAGUGUGAGUUCAAAUGAUCCAAUUCCUUUAUGCCCCUGAAGAUAUUAUUUCUGAUAAUUUGAGAGUAUUAAAAUACUAUUUAAUCAUUUAAAAUAAUAUAUAGUAUGAGAAUUUUUAUAUGCUUCACCAUCAUAUAACAUAUUUAUGUUGUAUCAGAGUUAAACUGGAAUGUCACUUUCUUAAAUAUAAAGGUUUUUACUAUUUUCUGCC